UCUUAGGAGGUUACUACAUAUUUUAUUCAGCGCUAUUAGUGGAGCGAUAACUCUGGGUAGAGAACGAUACUUUGUCAGUGACGGACAUACUAGCAAAAUGUCUGCACUACCUGUUCGUAGCUUUAUGGAUGGCGCCAACACGAAGUGGCGUCAUGGAUACCAACCGAACUAUGAUGCCGUUAAUGAGAAAUUUAUGGCAGAAAAAACAAUGAAUCAUAAAGAUGGAUCUUUAGAACAAGUUGUUGAAAAUUUGGUGAAAACUUGGGAAAUGGAAAGUUCGCAUAAGAUGGAUGACGCGGAUUGGAAAAGCGUAGACAAAAAAGUUUUCACCAUUUCUUCAAACGGAGGAAAGAAGUUUAACCUAGAUGACAACAUUAGUAUUGGCAACUACAACAUUUUAAUGUGUGAAAGUCCUCUGUACAAUGCCGUAAAAGAGACCAACCAAUCAUCACAUGACUUGUUCCGGAACGUGUUUAAGACUGGAUUUGCCUGGGAAGUGCUGCAAGUGUUCUCUGGACCGCCUUUGGUCUCGUUCACAUGGAGACACUGGGGAACGUUUGAAGGUGACUAUAAAGGUACUAAAGCUACAGGGGAGACAAUCGAGAUGUACGGCAACUGUGUGGUCAAGGUCAACGACGACAUGAAAAUCCAGUCUAUUGAUGUAUAUUAUGAUCCAAACCCUUUCUUGAUGAAACUGACCAACUGGAAAUCUGGAGCUGGCUGUCCAGUGGCUAAAUAAAGGAUAGAUGGACAGUUAGAUUGUUUUUACGCUUUCUGUUAUGCUAUCACAUAUGGUAUUGCAAACCUAUAAUUACAACCCUUGCAUUUAUACGCUAACAACACGAAACCGAAGAGGCAAAAUUUGUGCAAAGUUUUCUAUCAGUCUGUACACAAAUGUUAUGUAAAGCAGAAAAGAGUACCACGAUGUCGUCGUUGAUAUCUAGGUUAGUAAGAUCAAUAGUUAAAUAUAGUUAUUUAUGGUGGCAUUUUUUAUUGAAUAUAAUAAAACCAUUUGAAAUAUAA